UUUUUUUCGGUUUCCUCGUUUGUCGUUCGUGUCGUUCGUCGUGCAAUUUCUCUAAAAAAUUUUCAUUUUCUCGUGUUGUACGCAGAAAAAUAUAAAAUUUUCGCUUUUAAAAGUAAAUAAAAUUACAAAAAAUAGACAUAAGACUAAAGUGGACACAAUGUGCUAUACGUGUAUAUAAGAAUUGAGUAUUUUUCGCAAUUAUUUUCAUCUGAAAAUUGCAAGUGAAAAAUCGAAGUAUAAUUUCGGUCGUUGCCGCAGCAGUUGGUUAAGAAGAACGGAAAGGAAGAGAAGCAAAGGAACAUUAAAGAAAAAAGUUCACACAGUGGUAAAAAAGUUUAAAGAAAUGUGCGUAACUGUCGACGAAAAAUACUAAGAAAUUAUUAUAAAAUACAGAAAACUAAUUUAUUAGCCGUGUUUUGUGGAUACACAGAUUAAAAAUUAGCCGAGGGGUGGGUGUGUUUGAUAGCUUUUUCAAACAUUCUUGUCGUCAUUGUCGCGCUUGUUGCCCUCGCUCGUAACUAAAAGUUUUCAGAGAAAUAACUUAACACCACAGCCCUCACAAAUUUUUUUAUGCGAACAUGAGCUAUAAUCAGAAACCACCUGGUGCCGGCGGCAGCGGCAUGGGAGGAGGGAUACCGCCAAAUGGACCGAAUAAUCAGCAGGUGGCAAAAACAUUAGCCGGCAUACAACAGCAAAUGCAGAAUUUGGUUCAUGGCCAAAAUACGUUGCCGCAAUCAUCGCAGGCUGAGCUAAAUGUAUUUCUGCAACAACAACGUUUUCAAAAUAUGUUGAAGCAGCAGCAAUUAUUACAUUUUCAAAUGCAACAUCAGCAGCAACAGCAGCACCAACAACAACAGCAACAUCAGCAAAAGGAUCGUGGCGGCGGUAGCGUAGGAAUUGGUGGUGGCGGAGGAGGCGGCGGUGAGCCAUUAGCACUCACCAGAACUCCAGCCGCCGCUGAACUCCUAAAUAAAACGUUUCAACAGCAUCAGCAACAACAGCCGAAUGGUAGUGCUGGCGCACCUAAUGCUGCACUGAAUCAGUUUCAGCAGCAAUUGCAGGCGCUGCCAACAAAUAUCAUUCAACAAUUACAAACACUGCAAUAUCAAAUGCAACAACAUCAACAGCAGCAACAACAUCAGCACCAACAUCAACAACACCAACAGCAUCAACAGCAGCAGCAGCAUCCGGCACAGGCAGCGCAAGCUCAACACCAUCCAACCCAUCAACAACCGCCGCCACCAUCGCCACAACAACAGCAGCAACCUCAACCUUUGUUGACAGCACAUCAACAGCAACAACUACAUGGACAAUUCCAACAGCAACAACAAAAGGCACUCCAACAAUUCCAACAGAGCUUACGUUAUUUCCCUACAGCUGCACCCACACAACCAUCAGCAGCACCGCAACCCACACCCAGUGGCAAUAAAGGUGGUAGCGGCGCUGCAUCAGCACAGCCACCACCUCAAGCUCCACCACCAACCACAGCAAUUGGUAAUCAAUUAAAAGCUCCAAAUUUGCCGCCUAGCACACAAAUCACACCGGUGCCAGGUAAUGUGGGUAUGAUACCCGGCAGUGUGGCGCAACAAGCGGCCAAAAACACUUCGAGUAGUGUUCCAGUAACCACGCCAACCACCGCUGCGAUCUCUAGCUCUGCCAGCGGUGGUGGUGUUAACGCUACCCCAACUGUCGGCACAAAACAGGCUCCAACGCCCUCCAUUUCAUUGCUACCGGCCAAAGCAGGGACGUCAACCGCAGCACCAACAGCAGCACAUCAACAAAAUAAAUUUGGCGCUGGUAAAACAUCACCAGUUGUCAGUGCUAUACCACCACCAUUCCCUACACACUUUCAGAAACCGUCAGCUGUAUCGUCUAGUGGUAAUGCUACAGCCACUACCAACAUAGCAUCAACGGCUAAAUCUGGUGGUUCAGUGCCUACCGGUUCGGCAGCUAUGCAAUCUAGUGCCUCAACAACGGCGGGUUCGAAUAAGGCACCACAGCAGCAGUCCGUCAAUCCUGUACCGCUUACGAAACAAGCCACGUCAGCGCCAUCGCCAUUGUCGGCUUCCCAAUUGCCAGCAACAACUGGCGCACUUACAACUUCUCCGGCAUUAACUACCACUACAGCACCAACCACUGCAAGCAGUGUCAUCUCAAGUGGUACAGAUCAAACUACAGCAACACAGAAGGCUAUCAAUUCAAUACCGAACUCGCCUGUGACCACUGGUGCCAAUAUUACUCAAUCUACAAAUGCCGAUAAGAAUGUUAAGGGCGCUACAACUGAAACGACCGAAGCAGUUAAAGGCGCAGAAAAGUCGAACGAAACGUCAGCAAAAGCAAAGGAGGAGCAAUCCCCGGCUUCAGUUCCAUCAAAACCAGCUGUAGCAGAGACGAAAACAGAAAAGAUUGCUGAUUAUACAGCUGCCAAAGACACAAAUGCUGUUAUGUUGGCGGAUGCCAAAGCUAUGAAACCGACUGACACGGAAGGUGCAGCCGAAAAGUCAAACCCUACUGUGGAUAAUAAAGCGACAGUAGAUAGUGUAAGUGGCAUUACGGUUGGCAGUGAGAAGGUCAGCGAUAUGAAGAUAGAGCAAAGCAAGCCACUUGUUGUAAAGGACCAAGACAGUAACACCAAGACCGAGUCUAAGACUGAUCAGGGCAAUAAAGGAGAAGAGAAUAAGAACUCGAAAAAUUUGGAGUCAUCUACAGAAACAACUGGCAAAGAAGAAAAAACCCUACCUGCAACUAAGGAACACGAAGAUUCAAAAACCGUGGAGAAAACCACGGCUGCUUUAGCAACUAAAGAAAGUAAUGAAAAUACCGAACCUAAAGUGGCGACAGCACCUAAAGAUACUGAAAAAACGGAUAACACCAAGGCAAAACCUGAAGAGUUUGUGACUAAUUCAGACAGUGUAGCCAAUAAACAGAUAAGCACAGAGAAGAAAGAAACUUCAAACGCAAUAAAUGACGUUAAAGCAACAGUGGCGGCCACAACAAUCGCGGACUCAAAAUCAAAAACCAAUUCAGUCACAAACGAGGUAGAUAAGCGUCAAUCAGGCAAUGCACAUAUAAUCGCUGAGAAGCCUAGAGAAGAGAAAAUUAAAAAUAUAAAGUCAGAAAAGGCAUCCGCAACAGCUGCUCAAGCAACAUCGUCGGCCGCUGAUCAGUCAACGCAGAGCAGCAACGCUAGCAGCAACAAUAAUCAUGCCACUGCAAAGAGCACAAAAACAAAAGCAGCCGAAGCUGCACCAGAUUCUACAAAUAGUGCUAUCACCGACGCAACUAGCACACCACUUAAGCGUUCAAGUCGUCAACCGAAAACGGCAACCAAAUCAUCGGAGAAGGCAACGGUUGAGAAAACCGAAAAAGUAUCGAGCAGCAGUCGGUCGCGAAAAUCGAAGAAUGGUGUUAGCAGCAGCAACAGUAACUCCACCGUCGAUGCGCCCGCCACACCAAUGACACCCAAACCCGAACAAGGGCCCAGCACCAGCGCCAAUGAUCGCAAGAGCUCUCGUCACCGUCUCAAAACUAUACCAUUUCAAAGUCCACUGCCUGAAUUGGCAUACAUCACAAAAUUAUCAGCCAGCGAAGCUUCCAAUUCACCAAAGCCCAUGUCCAUGGAAGACAAAUUGAUUGUUUUCUAUAAAAAUGAAUAUAUGGCGGUGCGCAAUGCAGAAGGUACUUUUUACUUAUGUCAAACGAUGCAGAAUGUUUAUCGUACAUCGCCACGCAUUAGUAUUCGUUGGCUAUCGGAAGAUCCUAAUAAUAGUGGCAUUUAUAUACCUGAUUUCUAUGAUCACACCGACAUUGAGUGUGUGCUCACAACUGUCGAACUGAAACGAGUCGACAAGGGUCAUCUCAGUUUACCGAAAAAGGAGCAGACACGCAUAGAGAGUAUACUCAAAAAGGCUAUCGAUGUAGAGAAAGGACUGGUGCCAAGACCUGAACUCACAGAGGAGAAUCCCGAUGGGCUUGAUCUAUCAUUGUACAAAGAUGAAUCUCAAAUUGAAAAGAAAUCUGCGACGGGCACAACUCCCACUGCUAUACGUAAAUCUCGUCGCAGUGGUAAUAAUGAAAUGGGCACACCAACAACUGCCAAAUACAAUACAAGCGCCUCUUCGUCAGCCACGUCUGCUGCGAAGCGCCGCAAACGGGGUCGUGCAAGUAUCGCCAGCGGUGCUGCUGGUGAUAACGGUGUGAAAUCGUCGGCAAAGAAGAGGAAAUUGGCCACCAAACGUAAAUCGAAAUCAAAGAAGUCGUCAACUACAGACGAGGAAAACGACAGCAGCGAUGAUUCUGAUGCAGAAUAUAAACCAAAUCAAAAGAAUACAGGAACCGCUUCGAAGGCGUCACCACGAGCACAGCGCUCACCAUUGGCAAAGGCUAGGGCGGCAUCGCCAAUUAGUUCAACGACAGCGCGAACUAAAAACCUACCUGCGAAGUCAAUUCCAACGGCUAGCAGUCGCGGUGAACGAGCGAACAAACGAAAAGCAGCCACAGAUGGUGCAGCAGCAACGGAUAUUGCACCAAUUCCAACUAAGAAAGCUGGCGGUGUUACAACUGCUGCUGCUGCUGCUACUCCAACAACUCCAAAUGCCUCAAAAUCAACUAAUUCAAAAAGUAAAACAGAUCAAGAUGGUAUAACCGAAGCGAACAAUAGUAGUGCGUCGAUUACCAAAAAGGUCACCAGCAGCAGCUCAGUGGAAACCACGAAUGUGGUUAGUAGUACAACAAAUGCGAGCAAUGCAACAACACCGGAGCAAACCACAGCUGCCACCUCAAUCAACAGUGGUGGCGGUGGCAAUGGCGGUAGUUCGAACAGUAAUCGGCCGACCAGAAGUCGGAAAUAGAAACUAUAAUUAGUUAGGAGAGAGUAAUUGUAAUUUAUGAAAAGUAGUGUUAUAAUGCAGUUAUCGCAUUCCCACAAAAGAAAAUUAACAAUUUCAAUACGCUCGAAAAACACACACAGACACAUACUCAUACACGCAAUAGCACAACAGCAGCCUGAAAAAAAAAAAACAUUUCUUUUUAAAGCGAAAUGAUGGCAUUUAAAAGAAAUCCCUUUAAGGCAUGGUGCAAGAUGUCAAUGCUAUCUGUGGCGUCGCUAAUCUGACCAUAUAGCAAAUCUAGCAAUAAAUUUUAACAGCAGAACGUUCGAACAAAGUGUACAUUAGUUUUAGAAUGUAUGUAAAAAAAUGUAGAUGUAACACAACACAGACAGAACUUCAGAUAGGACACAAAAGGGGGCGUAGAAUAGGUAUAUGCAUAAAUCGAAAUGAUGUUGAUAUAUAUUACUUUUAUUUUUAUUAAAAAACUUUCUUCCAUUAAAUGCUUAAUUAUGUGCUACUUAUUUAGUAAGCAUAUGUAUUUUUGACACCGAAGAAAAAAUUUAGCAGAAACAAUUUGCAAGUUAUUGCUAAUAUCAGAGCUGGACUUACUUGGCAUUAAAUAUAGUGUUAACGACGUCUUCUAUAUGUAUGUUUCUAAUGAUUUUAUUUAGUUUUUUUUUGUAGAAAGUAUAUAAUGGUUAUAUAUUAGUUGUGUAUGUUUUUUUUUACUUUUAUGUAUAAAGCCACAACAGCUAAGAGAAGCGCUUGGUAUAUAAAAAAGAUAACAUUUCUUCAUUUAUGCAAAAUGACGUGCGCGUUAAAUGAACACAAUUCGCAAUUGUAGGUUAGAUUGUCGUAGAGAAGAAAGCUGUUGACCCAAUGACAUGCAAUACGCAUAGUUUGCGAAUGUUAGUGGACCGUAACAAACACAUGUAAAUAAAUACUAAUUUCACGUACUUUGCACCGAUGCUUUCGUUUUCGAAUAAUGCAAAAAAGGAGGCGCACAAGUUAUUUACGGUACGAGCGUCUGAACCCCAAAUUUAUUGAAGCUAUUAUGAGUUACAGCAGAAAGUUUUUAAUUUCGUUGUAUUAAAAAAUAAUAAUUUAUGAUUUAAGAUUAAUCGCUUAAACGAACAAAUUCAAACAAAUAACAAACCCAUACUAUAUCAAAUAUGAAAACUAAAACAAAAAAUACCAAUAUGAGCAUAGUUGCGUUGCUAAUCAAGGGAAACACUGUUAGUAUGUCGAGGCAAUAUUUAUACGGCGAUUUAAUAUCACAAUAAAAAACUUUAAAUUAAUGCAGGGACGAAAUCAAUAGUUAUUUGUGUAUGAUAAAAGUACUCAUUUCCAUUGAAAAAAUUGCACACAUUUAAACAUAAUUAAAUCGCACAUAAGUAUGUAAAUCAGAGAUAGAAAAAAAUGUAUAUUACAUUUUACUUCGGUUCGGAUGCAAAUUAUUAUUGACUCAAAAAAUUGAGUAGGAGUGGUAAAGUGUAAUGCAAGAGUAUAGCUAUUAAAUAAACUGUAUAGAAAACAGUUUAUCUAACAAGAAUGAAACAUGAAUUAAAAUUACAUAUUAAACUAGCCAUUCAAAUAUCAUCAAAUUAUAUUGUAGAUUGUAAUGUUUCGAAAUAUAUAUAUAUACAUACAUAUACUUAUAUGUAGUUCAUACAACAAUGCACCUAAAAUUUGUAUGAUAAAAAUGGCUAAGAGGACAAAAUAAUUAAUUUUAAUGCAAAUUGAUUUACAAAACAAAAAAUAAGAGAAAGAAAUUUUUGACGUGUUGAAAAAUGCAUUUCUUUUGUAAGAAAUUUAUGCUAAUAUGCAGAAAAUAAAAAUAGGAAAAAUAUUAAACAAAAUAUAGAUAUUUAAAUAUAAGAGAAACAUAUACAUAUGCAUAAGGAAUAAACUAUUUUUCCUUUUUAAUUAUUAGCAGUGCAGACACGCCCAUGUAAGUUUCUUUAAAUUAGGUUUUACCAUACAAAGUUUCAAACGUAUACACAUAUUAUAAAAUAUUAAAAAGCAAAAAAAUAACAGUUUAAUAUACAUAUUUGGGGCAAUUCGUAACAAAACAAAUGCAAAAAAAUAAAAAAUAAAAAAAAAUCAUAAUAAUACAUAUGUAGACUCACACAAAUAAAGUUGAUAUGAAUGCCGUUAGCAACCCCAAAUAUAUAUAUAUAUGCAAUAAAAUAAUAACAUAAGUUAUGUGGAAGAUAAAUCUACAAACACUUUAUGCAAAUAGAACAAGAAUUAUAAAAAUAUAAAGGUAAAAUUGUCCAAAACCCACAAAAAUUACUGUAAAAUUACAUAAUUUCACAGGUAACAUUGCAUUUUAGAUGCUUCUAAGUAAAGAAACAGACGGAAGCUAAAAAAAAGUCAGUUGAGAGGAGCUUGGGAAAUCAACAUCGGUAAUGAACAAGUUGUCGACAGUCCUUGGCGGAAUGAAAAAUCAGGGUCCGUUCCGCUUUCGUCAACCCUACUGUCAUGGGGACGGCUAAUAAUCAACUUAUGGUGCACGGUAGUUGGCAGAUGACAAAAAGUUUUUGGAAUAAAGAAGCAAAUGUCAGUGAAAUAUGCACUUAUGUGAUGUUGGCCUUGGUAUAUAUGCCUCUGCCUCUUCUAAAAUGCCUCUCUUAUAAGAAAAAAUCAAAAAAUUAACAGGCUAGCCGUAUAAUUAUAUACAAAAGGCUAAAACGAGCAAAAAUUUUAUAAGAGCAUGCAUCUAAAAUAAAACUGAAAAAAAUGUGCGAUACGUUCAAUUAUGUAUACAUGGAAAAACAACGUAUUUCGCCUGAAAAUAUAAAAUCCUAUUCCCCUUGGUUUUAGUGUUUUUUCGUUUUAAGAAUAUCCAAACAAAUACAUAACUAUGAAUAAAUUAAUUAAAACAGCAAAAUACAUAAUUCUUAAAAAAACAUAAUACAAUUAAAAUUAUUAAAAGAAUAUAUGCAUACAAUUUAAUUUACCAUUUAAGUUUAAAAUAUAAGUAACUAAAACAGAAAGGAAUAAAAUUCAUUUUGAAAUUCAAUAAAAAAAAUAAUAAAAAGUUUUUUGUUUUACUAGGGGAUUUGGUGGUUGUUUAGAACUUGAAUAAAUGUCCAGGAGCAGUUGGAAAUCAAAAUUAUUUUAGCCCCUAAUCAAGUCGGCUAUGUGCGAAACAUUUUAUUUUUACCAAAACAUGUCAACGAAACAUCUUAGCAAUGUAUCUAAUACUUUUGACCUUACCAUUCUAUCGAAACAGCUUUUUUACUGAACCUAUCGUUGAAGUGAUAAAUCCCUUAUAUUUUACCAUUCUGAAAUUAUCGGCACAAUUUGUUUGCUAUUCAACAUAGAAUGAAAACAAAGAAGAAAAUAUAUAUCACACCUAUCACCUCAUUUCCUAAGCACUAAGUACAGACAGUUUUUU